CAAACCAGUCGGAGCGGGCACCAGGAGAGCCCCUUUUGCCUUGGUGAUUCAGCCCAGGGCGUAGUGUAACAGGCAAACAGCUGGGGCCCCCUUUGCCAGGCUGGCCUUUUAAGGUGGCAUUCACAGGGCAUAUUAACUGUCCCCUCGUGGUCUCCUGGUAGCACUCCUCCUGUGCCCGUGGCUGACACUUUUGUAACCCCUCUUGCCAUUGAUGCCCAGUUUACUGCUUUCAUCGUCAUGUGGGUUUCAGGAGGAGUUCCUGUCAACCUACUGGCCCAUUUUGGGAUGGCACCCACUCGCCAGGAAGCCCUCCAGACUCCCUUGUCUUGGCCACACCCACUCCCGGAGGCCCAGGUAUUGCUGCCCUCUGCUGGUCCUCGGCCGUUAUUGUAGGUAGACCCCUGCUCCGCCGGGGGUCCGCCUGUGAUGGUGGGCUGCUGCUCCGUCCUCUGUAUUGGACUGCAUUGUGUAAUAAAGCGCCUUGCAUUUCUAUAAAGGUCAGAAAAUCAGAGGGCCAGGGUGGCACAGCAGUGAGGGCUGCUGCCCUGUGGACUUGGGUUCAGUGCCCAGGGCAGAGUGGCAUUAAGCUGUGUAUGAAAAGAAAGCACAGAGCUUUACAGGGUGACAAAAAAAUAACAAAGGAGAAGAUAAAAAUGAAUGAAUGGCAAAAGUAGGCAAGUCGACAUUUCCGACAAGUGAGCGGCCGUCGGUGGAAGGUGGCAGUCAUCACUUCAGAAGGGGCCAUAGAGGACGGAGGUGGGCAGGCUGGAGUUCAGUGGGGCUUACUUGGGUGGGUCGAGUCUUCUAUCACAACUUAAAACAUUACUGGGCACGGCCAGGUGACCCUCUCAAGCACUGGCACCUCAGUCGGGGUUGGUUUUGGUUUGCACUCCAUGGCCAGCAGCACCUCACCACUUGGUAUGGCAAGAAAAAGAAUAAAACACUGCGGGCACCAUGGCGCAGCCUGGCCGGGCAUCUGAAAUGAAAUCCACAGGUGGCCGGAUGAGACUGCCCGGGUAACUGUGGGCACAGCAAGGUGAGGAAAACUGAAGAAACAUUCACUGGCAGCCACGAGUCGAGCUCACCUGAUCAGAAGAUUCCGGAACAAAAAAAAAUGAAAUGCGCGCUCUCGCCGCGCCCGGAACUUUUCUUUGUCGGCCGCGCCUGCAGCCCGGACCUUCAUUCAUGUGCGACUGCGGGGACAACGUGAUGGCGGUCGCCGUGCUGCAGCUGCACUGCUUGUAUCGCGGCCUACUGGCCGUCCGCCGCCCCGCACUCUCGUCUGUCUUGCCCGGCGCCGCCUGGCGGGGCCUGCGGGUGUUCAACGUGCGGAAAGCCCCCGAGCUCGAGGACAACCCGUUCUUCGCCAAGUACGAGGAGAAGAUCCGGCAGCUGCGCAGUGCCCAGCCCCAGGAGUUUCAGGCCCGCCUGGAGAAGACGGUGGAGCUGAAGAAGGAGCCCGUCGGCCAGUCCAGGCAGGGGGACUUCAUCCAGCUGAUGGAACAACAGGCAGAGCAGCUGGGCAGUGGAGCUUCAGGCCCUGGCGGUUUUACAAAAAUCAAGACGCUGGCAUCCAUCAUCAAUGUCGACCUUAUCAAAGAGAAGACAGCUGAAGAAAUUGGUGAGAUUUGGAGGCAGCACUUCAGAGCCAAGGACACCAUCUGUGCCAUCAUCCCGGCACAGAUGUUUGAGCAGAUGUGCCAGCGGGCGGCCUCGUGUCCGACGUUCUUGUAUGCGUUGCCCCGGCAGGAAGGCUACGAGUUCUUUGUGGGCCAGUGGUCCGACCACGAGCUGCACUUCACGUCGCUAAUCAACAUCCAGACGCGGGCGGACAAGGCGCCCAGCCAGCUGGUGCUGUACCACUACCCAGAGCUGCAGGAGGACAAGGGCAUCGUGCUGAUGACGGCCGAAAUGGACGCCACGACUCUGAGCCCCGCCCAGGCCCAGUGUCUGGCCAAUCAGGUGCAGCUGUUUUACGGGACGCAGCGCCAGGAGACCUUCAGCCUGGUGGAGACCUUCAACCACCAGCCUGCGGACUUCAAGCACAUGUCUGUCAUUGCUGAGUUGGAGCAGACUGGCGUGGGCAUGGGAGCCCAGGCAAAGUGACUGCACAUUGGCACCUGGGCUCACUCUACAGGUGAAUGCCAUUCUCCCCUUUCGGGUUUGUACCCCCUGAUAUUUCCAACCAGUCCUCACAGGUUAUGGGGGUCUUUGCCUCCCCUGGCAGAAAAACGGGGUGUUCUGUUGUGUGGGGUUGAGGGUCCUGGGCUGGAGUAAUUGGUGGCAUCGUACCCCCCACAGCAAUGGGGAUUCCAGAACCAUGACGGGGUGUAUCUGUCAAUGGUACAGGCCAAGGGCAGCUUCACCAGCUGGCAGAGCGGGUGAUCCUUCAGGUCGUGGUACCUCAGCUGGGGGUCAGUCUCAGUCACAGCCACCAUGUGCCCAGAUUUGGGUGAUCCGACUGAUAAGGAGGCCAUCUUGUGAGAUGACAGAGUGUGCCAGGGGAGUGCCACCAGUGUCAUUUUUGUGUGAAUUUCUUUAUUUCUUGUCAUUUCUGAAUACGCACCAAAGGUGCCACUUCACAAUAAAGGGGAGUCCUUAACAGUGA